AGUUGCGUCUCGAGCAGCGCGCGUAUUGUUUCGUUCCGUCCUAUUCGUGUACCCUCUCGUGAUAGCUACCGAAGCUUUUACGUGCCGAUCAAAUUCGUUUCUUUUUUUUUUCGUUUUGUGCUGCGACUCGCGCCCACACGGCAUCGCCAGGGAAUUUAUAAUUACGUGGGACGUCCUAUUAAAAAGGACAGUGAGUUCGGUGAUGUUUUUUCAGUGUUAUUUUUCUGUGUUUAACGUUCGUUUAUGGUAGGGAAAUAGUUUCAUCUCGCGUAGGUUUUACCACGAAGAUUUUUCACUAAACACCCAUUGGGAUUUUUUGUGAGUUACUUCUACGCGCCGAGGGUUGUCCCAUACUGGCAGAAUACACUUUGUACCGAUCCAGACAAUAUUUCUGGAGAAAAAUUGGAACACGGGUGGUCUGACGAAAAGAAAAGAAUCUGAUAGUUUUUCAUUCAUUUUCGUACGUAUUGUACGUGAAGAGGCUUGCAAGUCGUUCUUUUUCGUUGGCUAUAAUUUCCAUUAUGGAGUGUUUGUCUCGCUCGCUCCCUCUUUAAUGGUGAGCAAGCAGGCGAAGUGAAGGAAGAACGAACGAACGAGUACGGCUACGGCUACGGGAAUGACGAUCGGAGCGGCGAUGACGAGGAUUGAAAGUUACCGUUGACUCAUAGGAUACCCUGCAGGGCCACUCGCUACCAAAAUGAGCACAUCCCUGCGAAUUUUGGCACUGAUCAGCUUAGUUGCGCAGAACGUGGCUUGGCCGCAAGAUCCUGUUCCUAGGCUGCAUGUCAAACAUCGCGAGGUGAUUGGCCAGCGGUUCCUGGGAAACGAGAGCCACGUGGAGCACUUCAAGCUCCUAGAGCGCGCGACCACUUCUAUCCUGAUUGGCGCCAGGAACGCCAUUUACAACAUAAGCCUGCACGACCUAACGGAGAUCGUCGAUCAGAGGUUGCAGUGGUCCAGCAGCGGGGCACAUCGUGAACUUUGUUAUCUGAAAGGACGUAGCGAGGACCAGUGUCAGAAUUAUGUACGAGUAUUCGGCAGACAAGGGCCUGAUCGAUUUCUUGUUUGUGGAACGAACGCAUACAAGCCGCUCUGCAGGCAAUUCACCAUCAAGGAUGGAGCGUACGCGCAGGAAAGCGAUAUGGAUGGGCUGGGACUGUGCCCUUACGAUCCACGGCACAACAGCACUGCGGUGUUCGUCGAGGGGCAGCUGUACGCAGCGACAGUGGCCGACUUCUCCGGUGGCGAGCCGCUGAUUCACAGGGAGAAGAUCCGCACCGAACGCUCCGAUCUCAACCAGCUGAACGGACCGAACUUUGUCAGCUCGUUUGCGUACGAAGAUUAUGUCUUCUUCUUUUACCGAGAAACAGCCGUCGAGUACAUGAAUUGUGGCAAGGCAGUGUACUCGCGGGUCGGUAGAGUGUGCCAGCACGACAAGGGCGGACCUCAUGCGUUCAGCGACAGAUGGACGAGCUUCCUGAAAGCGAGGCUCAACUGUUCCGUGCCCGGCGAAUACCCUUUCUAUUUCAAUGAAAUACAGUCAACGAGCGACGUCACGGAAGGAGUUUACGCCGGAGAGCGUGCCCGUUUGGUUUAUGGGGUGUUCACAACCCCCGUGAACUCGAUCGGCGGUUCGGCCGUCUGCGCUUUCUCCAUGAAGAACGUCCUCGAAGUCUUCCAGGGUGCGUUCAAGGAACAAGAAACCAUAAACAGCAAUUGGUUGCGAGUACUUCCGGAAAAAGUGCCCGAGCCUAGACCCGGUGCAUGUGUAAACGACUCCAGGACACUUCCAGACGUGACCGUAAAUUUCGUCAAAGCGCACCCCCUCAUGGACGAUGCGGUCCAAUCCUUCUUUUCAUUACCUGUGAUAACCAAAGUCAGCUUCAAUUACAGAUUUACCAAAGUCGCCGUGGAUCCUCAAGUGAAGGCGUUGGAUGGCAAAGCCUACGAUAUCCUGUACGUCGGAACAGACGACGGCCGAGUUCUCAAAGCGCUCAAUACUCGAGCGCCGGAUUCUCUGAACAACGUUAGCCAGGUCAUCGUCAGCGAUGUUCAAGUACUGAAGUACGGACAAGCGAUCAAGGAUCUGUUGGUGGUCCACCUGGCCGGCGAGGCGAGCAAGUUGGUCGUGUUUGCUGACUCCGAAAUUCGUGCGGUACCACUGCAUCAUUGCGACGCGGCAGCAGCGGUCACCUGCGCGUCUUGCGUUGCACUUCAGGAUCCACAUUGUGCUUGGGACGCUACGAAGAAUCUGUGUGUGGCCGUGUCGACUAAGCUACACGACAGCGAUGCUGACAAAACCCUCUUCCAGGACAUUAUGAACGGCAGACACAAGGGCUGCGGCUACGAGCAAGAGAUGGUGAAGCCCGUGCAACCAGCGAUUCUGCCCGAAAACGGGCGAGGCGAGCAGCCCGAUGAACGGGACAAUGAAAUCGUCAUCGAGCUGGAUCGAGAAAAUCAGUACGGUCGUACGCAGCCACGAGCUAACGAGCCUCAAGACGUGAUCGCAACACCGGUGGUGUACUCCGCUCAGACUCUGACCGGUGCCCUGAUAGGAACCUGCUUCUUCUCGCUGGUAGCCGGAUUCGCUUCCGGUUUCUGGUUCUCUCAGAGGCUACGCAGUGCCCCUUACCCGGAACCGUCGGAGCAACGACAACAACUGAACCGAUUGACGGAAAGUUCGGAAUCUCCGGGUUUCAACAACAAGUCCAUCAACUUGGUGCUGAACGUACCACCUAAGAAUCCAAAUGGCAAGAACGCCAACUCGUCGGCGGAGAACAAGCCGGUGCAGAAAGUGAAGAAGACGUACAUAUGAU